GAAAUUGGUAGUAAGAAACGCUUUGAUCAAAACAAAAGCAAACAAGAAGCAAGCAAAAAAUGAUAGCUAAAUUUUGUUUUGCUUCUUUUUUAACUUUUGCUUGUUAUUUUUUUAAAAUGUCGAAAGUAUAAUAAAAUUGAUACUUGCAAUUAUCAAGAUUUUGAAUGAUCUGUGUUCCGUUCCUUUCACUGGCCCAGUUCUAUAAGAGAAAUAUUAAAUUUGAAUGUAUUGAAAAUGCGUGCAGUAUCUUUUGUAUCUCGUUUAGAAUUUAUAUUUAAGGGAAAUGUCUCCAAAAAUGCGGUUUGUCUGGGAGACGUUGACAAUGAUACUAAUAGUGAAUUGGCAGUAGGUAACUUACAAGGAGAUCUUGCUGUUUUCAAAAAAGAGCACAAGUUUCCAUGGGCUGAAGCUCAUGAUUUGGGGAUGGUUAUGGUCGUUAUUAUAGGUGAUAUUUUGAAUAUAGGGAAGAAUUUUACUAUCUGUAUUAGCGGUGAAGGACUUUGUACAUUGUUUGAAAUUAAAAAUGAGUAUAAUGAGCUAGAAAGGAGAAGUUUGUUACCCUUUUAUUCCCAAAAGCUGCCUGCUAAUACUAAAGUUGCACUUUUGACUGAUGUUGACAAUGAUGGUGAACUUGAACUUAUAUUGGGACUUACUGAUCAUGUAUUAAGAACAUACAGGUGGGUCAAACUGGGUCAGGGGCCGAAUGACUUAUCAGGAAAAUUAGUUGGACUGCAUAAAUUAGAAUUAGCUGAUCAAAUUGGCUCUAUAUCAUUAAAUCCCUCAAAUAAUGGAAGUCCAUUCAUAUUGGUUGCACAGUCAGGUGGUACUUACAUGCAUUUCCAGUGUUUGCUUGAAAAUGAUGAAAUUGAUGAGAAUGGUCCUGAUUCCUUAAAACUAACGACUCCUGUGCAUCAUGCUCUUGCUUCUAGUCGAAUGCGAAAUCCAAAUAUUUCAUCUGAAAUUUUAGGCGGUAUAUGUGGAGUCCGAAAUGGAAAGCCUACAGAUUCUUUAAUUGCUGUAGCAACUUUAGAUGGGACAUUAAUGCUAGUUGAUGGUGAUGAAAUUCUGUGGUCUUUUCAAGUUGAUCAUCAGCUUUUUGCCAUUACAAAACUAGACCUUAUUGGUAAUGGAGAAGAAGGUGUAAUAGCAUGUGCUUGGGAUGGUCAAACUUAUAUGGUAAACCAAGAGAAGCAAUCUGUAAGGUUUCAAUUUGAUGAACCAGUUUCUGCAUUCACUUCAGGGAAAUAUUCUGUUUCUAGUGGUUCUUCUGUACCAGCUAUUGUAUAUGCAACAUUUAGUGACAGAGUUUUCUUAUAUAGUGAUAUCCAACUUCCUUCAUUUAGUAUAUGUAAUUUUCUUGAAACUAUGGAAAAACAACCUGAUUCUUCAGAUUUACUCACCCAGUUUCCAAUCAACAGAGAAGACAAAAGGCAUCUUCGUUCAUUGUUUUCAUAUUGCCUCUAUGAUUUUCCUAAUUCAAACAAUGAAGAAGAAUUAAAAGAUAUUGAAAGCUGAUAUUAAGUUUAAUUAAAUACUUACAGAUUAUAUGAUAUUUUACCUAUAAUUUAUUUUUAUAACCUAUUUUGUUCAUCAUAGUUGUACUAUUCUGUGAAAUUAAAAAAUAUUUUUUAAUCAAAA